AUCAUUAGCGGUACGAUGCAGUCAUUAGUUAUUUUGCAGAUUGUAAUUAUUGGAGUGGCAGCGGGUCUGAGAUCAUCUCGAAUCCCGGUAAUUACUCCACUCUUGGGCGGCACAGAUGCACCAGAAGGAGCGCAUCCCUAUCAGGUGUCGUUAAGACGUCAAAAUUCUCAUUUCUGCGGAGGUGCUAUCCUUAAUAACCGUUGGGUAAUUACUGCUGGACACUGCGUUGUUAGAGUCAAUUUAGUUGGCGUGACAGCAGUAAUGGGCACCAACACAUUAUCAAAAGGUGGAGAUGUCUAUCACCCGGACCUAUUUAUAAUUCACAAAAAUUUCAAUCCUCGGUAUAACGACAUCGCUCUGAUAAGAGUUUCGAAGGAAAUAAAAUUCAAUAAAAAAGUCCAGCCAGUGAUGUUACCAGCAACCGACUAUAGGUUCGAUCACCACAGAGUGAAACUUUCCGGCUGGGGUCGCACUCAGGUCAAUGGUAAAAUUCCAGAUUACCUUCAGGAAAUAGAUCUAUGGGUUAUCAGCCAACUAAAAUGCAGAAUUUUUUUCCCGAUUACGUUGACCAGCGGAAAUAUUUGCACUCUUACAGUACCAGGACAGGGAGCCUGCGGCGGUGAUUCCGGUGGUCCACUGACGGACAAUGGAAUUCUUAUCGGUAUUGUGUCAUAUGGACUUCCCUGUGCCAUAGGAUUCCCUGAUGUUUACACUCGAGUUUUCCACUACCGCGACUGGAUCAAUCAAACAAUCGCAGCCGCUAAUAAAUUGUAUAAUAAUAAUUUGGAAAAAGUUAUUAUCGACUAUCAUUGUAGAAAUAUGAAGUCUUUAAUUGCCUUUGCAGUAAUUAUUGUUGCGAGUGCUCUUGCAGCCGCUCGCGAAAUUCCGCGAGUUGUGGGUGGCAAGGAUGCACCAGAUGGGGCAUAUCCGUAUCAAGUAUCGUUGAGAAUUAGCAAUUCUCACUUUUGCGGAGGUGUUAUUAUUAACAGCCGAUGGGUUCUUACUGCAGGGCAUUGUGUUUAUUUCAUGGAUACUAAAAACAUGACAGUAGUGGUCGGUACGAAUAAUUUAUCGAAAGGCGGUGACGUUUACAAGUCAAACUACACAACAGCUCAUAAAAACUACACGGGAGAAUUUGUCAAUGACAUUGCGCUGGUGAAAAUCGUUGGGAAAUUUAAUUUCACAAAGAAAGUCCAGCCGAUUUUGCUGCCGACCAAAAAUGACCUGACCAAAGAGUACCCGGCGAAGCUUUCUGGCUGGGGAGCGACUUCGCUCGGCGGAUAUUUGCCUGACAAGCUCCAGGAAAUAAAUCUUACGGUCAUCACGCAAGUUCGCUGCAAGAGCUUCCAUUCCACUAUCACUGGGGGACACAUUUGCACUCUGACCAAAAAGGGAGAAGGUGCUUGCCAUGGUGACUCUGGUGGGCCAUUGACUGCCAACAGGACUCUCAUUGGACUCGUUUCCUUCGGGCGACCCUGCGCCGUAGGGUAUCCUGACGUUUACACCAGAGUUUUCCAUUACCGCGACUGGAUCAAGAAGACAAUAGCGAGCGUUGAUAAGACAGAUGAUGAUUACUCUGAUUACCUGAGUGAUUAUUAAUUAAUGUCAUGAAAUUUUAAAUAAAUAUUCUGUCAAUUUAAA